AUGCAGUUCCUGUCCCCAAUCCCCCAAAUCGAAAUAUCCCUCGCCCCGCCCCAGGUCCCCGCCUUCGAGCCCUACUCCCCCUUCAACCAGCUCGCCUUUCCUUCGGACUCGCAAGAAGACGAUGGCUUCCGCCCGGUUCACUUGACGCCCCCACCGACCGUGACCAACUUCAAGCGUCCCCGCUCGCCCCUCCGCCAGGUCAGCGAUUCGCUCGGAAAGGGUCUCGAGGGCGAUCGCUUCCAGGCUUUGUUGAAGGCAACCAAGGACCGCAACUCCAAUGCCGCCCUUGGGAUAAGGAAGACAGAUCUCCGCAAGGAGAUCGCAGUGAAGGUCCACAAGAACAAGCAAGCCGAACGCCGCGCUCUUUUCCUCUCCAAGGUUCACGCUCCCCCCUCGCCCACCGCCACGAUGACCCCCAAGACACCUCCCGAAUCUCCUGCCAUUUUUCAUUACAGUCUUCCGUCUCCCGGUCUUGUCUCGCCCCUCGCCCUCUUCGAAUCGCUCAACGGGAACCGCGAUGCUGCUCAAGAUGGUUGGGUUGAGCAGGUCGAUUUCAGGCUCUCAGCCGAGCGUGCUAGGACGAUGAAUGCCAAGUCCAAGCCAUCUGCGUUACCCUCGCUCGACCAGAUUUCCGCGCGCAUGAUGUCUCGCACGGCACGGCAGAGCGAUUACGACCCAGAUUCCAUGACUCCCGUUUACACCGCUCGUCCGCGACCUUCGUUCGGCGUUGGAAGGUUGAAGAUGCCCCUACGAACUGCACCGGUCCCAAUAGUCAGCACCCAGCCCCAGCACGCGCUUCCACCUCGGUCGCCCUUGCUGAACCCGUCGAACGACCUCAGUGUCACGACUUUGGUUGUUCCGCGUUCCAACUCCUCUUCUCCGACCAAGCUUACCGAGACCAACUUGAACGCCCUCAACUCCCGUGGUCAGCGUGCUUCUAACAUGCUUACUGCCCUCAGGAAACGGACCCUUUCCCAGGAGAAGAUCUCUACUCCGACGAUGGAGGCAAAUUCCGAGUUCAAGACCAGACGCCGUAGUGCUCCUGCUGAUUUGAUGCCCUGCCGUGCUCGAGUUGGAUUCGAACACCCGGUGCUCGCGCUCCCUGGAGCGUUCUAA